AUGGAAUCUCCAACAGUUUCAAAAAAUGGCUCCUCAUCUUUUUACAAUGAACGACAAGGACAUUGUUCAAUUUGUUCAGAAAAUGAUGUUAAAUUGGUCAAUCUCUCAAAGAAUUGUAAACAUUUAUCAAAUUGUUGUGUUCCAUGUUUAACACAAAGUAUUUCUACUGAUAUUGAAUCAAAAGGAGCUUAUUCAUUUCAAUGUCCGAUGCCAGCAUGCAAUAUUAAAUUCGAACCUGAAGAAUAUUAUCAAUUAUUAGACAAACGAUUGGUUGGUAUUGUAGAUAAAUUAUUGUUACAUCGAAUACUUGAAAUUAAUGAAGAAUUCAGAUGGUGCAAAUCAAGCAAAGGAUGCGGUGCUGGACAACUUGUAUCGAAUCAUAAGGAUUUACUUGGGUAUUAUGCAUGUUAUGCUUGUGGAGAAAUGUUAUGUUUUCGUCACUCAAUUGAAUGGCAUAAAGGUUUUACUUGUGAUGAAUUUGAUGCUGAAAGAGCCCGAAACGAUGAUUUAGCCUCUGAUGUAACUGUUCUUGCAUUUACUAAGAAAUGUCCAAAUGCAUUAUGUGCUACUCCAAUAAUGAAACAUGAAGGAUGUGAUGUCAUGACUUGUUGUCGGUUUGGAACUCAUAAUGAAGAACCUAAUGGUUAUUUCUUAAAAUCUAAUCAAACAGAUUCCAAUGAUAAAAAAAAUAUCAAACGAAAUUUAGACAAUAAACAACUGCAAGACGAUCAAAUCGAUAGUCACCAACGUUAUAAUGAACAAUCGAAUUCCUUUCCCAAUAACGAAAAUGUUCACAGCUUGAAGAGCACUCGAUCUGUUGUCAAUAGUUCCACAGAUAUGGAACAUGAUUAUGUUUCUAUUCCAAAUAGUCAGAUAUUAUCUGAUGAAAUGCUGAAAAAACCACAAACAUCUAACAAUAAAUUAAAAAAUGAUGAAACAAUUGACAAAUUUCAAUACAAUAGAUCGAUAUCACUCAAUCCUGAAUAUCAUCAAUCACAAGAAGCUAAUCUACAUAAAAGAACCUCUUUAACAAUCAAUCUUCAAAAUACGAGAGAUCAAUCUCGAGAAUCAAUCAAAAACAAGACAAUAAUUAAACAUAUACAAGAAAAUAAUUUACUUUCAAUUGAAUCAACAAACAAUAACAAUAAAUUAAAUACUGAACAAUAUGAACAAACAAAACCAAUAUCUGAUGAUUAUUCACCGAUACGUCGAUUGCUCGAACCAAAUUGUGCAGGAAUACGAAGUCGAAUUGAAUUACUUGGUCAAUUAAUUUCAAGCAAAAAACUUGAUUCAAUACCUAAUGAAUACGAUCAAAUGAAAGAUAUUAUUGCAGCCAUUGAACGAAACGAUCGUUUUCAAUCAGAUUCAGAUGGUAAAUAUCUUCAUCACUUAACGAAUGCAGCAAAAAGUAAUUUAAAUAGUGAUUUAAACAAUCUUGAUGAUGAAAUACACCGUCAAUUUGGACUUCAUUCUGUUGAAGUUACUGGUGAUGGAGCAUGUGCCUUUCGAGCUACUCUCAUAUCCGGAUUACAUAAACCUGAUGUAUAUCAUAGUGAAUUACGUGAAAGAGCUAUUCAACAAGUAUUGAAUAAUAUAGAUUAUUAUUCAACUGUAUUAAGACCUGGUGAAAAAGUUAGUGAGAAAGAAUUGAAAGAUUGGGCAAACUCAAUGGCUGAUCCAAACACCUAUGGAGACGAAAUGGCUAAUAUGGCUAUAGUAGAUAAAUAUCACAUUCAAUUGGUUAUUUUUCGUGCUGGAGAAUUACUUACUGUUGUUAAUCCCCGUGAUGGAUAUGUUGAACAUACAGCAUUUCUUGUCAAUGUCGGUACACAUUAUAAAGCACUUGUACCUGGUUAUGAAUUAGAAGAGGCACGUAGAAAUUCUGAACGUCUCUCAAAAAAAACUUAG